AGUUCUCCUUUUCAAUGAAGUGACUCGCAAGCUUUUCGCGAAUCUGUUCAGAAGAAUCGGCUCAAAAGAACAAUUCGUUCGCUAGUUUUCCUCCCUUUUCACAGUCAGUCUCUCCAUCCCUGAUCCUGAUCUUCUCCGCUCAUCCACCGUUCAUCAAGGGGGCAGAAUGGGAGCAAAACUCAGUCGGAAGAAGAGUGAAAAUGGAAAAGGAGCAGAGGCAACAGGUCUGGAGACUGCAGAGCAGAAACCCUCUGAAGCUUCAGUCCCAGAAAGUGCUUCAGAAGAGAGCAGGCCUUCAGAAGAGGCACCAAACGAAGACCAGAACCUCAGUGAGCCUGCCUCUUCAACCAGUUUUCUGGAGAGCAUUACACAAGCCGUAGACGAAAUGGUCAGUGCGGUCACUGAUCAGAUUGCUACACCAGUGGAAGACGUUGUAAGUAAGGGCAUUGAAGCAGUGGAGUCCGCAUUGGCUGCUGCAAGCCUGAAUGUCAAGGAACCUGCAGCUCCAAUACAAGAACCUGAGAACAUUCAAGAGUCUGAACCACUGGUGGCUCCGUCCCUCUUGAAUGACCUGCUGAAAUCUCAACCGAGCUCAGAAGCCCUCACUGAUGAGCUUGACUCUGGGGUGACAGUGGAGACUGAAGCCAUAACCAGUCUGGCGUUGGAAGACAAAAUGACUAAUCCUGCACAAACUGAGAACAAGGAUUUGUUGGAAUGUUUGGAUAAUGUGGCGACACCUUCAGUGGACCUGCUAGACUGUAAAGUGACCCAUGAUUUCACAACCAUAAACUCAGAGCCCUCAGUUUCCUUAGAUGACAUGGGACAGGGCCCAUGCACAGCAGUUGACACGGUCAACCUUGUAUAAACCACUACACUCACACCUCCAGAAAACAGCAACAUUUAGAAGCUCAAUAGUACACAACAGUUGGGUUCCAGAAGUAAAAAUACCAUUAAUUUUUUUCCAUAGACGAACUGAUUAUUAACAAUGACUUCUAAACCUUUAAAGACAGAACUUCUGUGAGUUUUGAGGUUGUUAAUUGAUGGUAUAUGCUUCUGAUAUAGCCAUUAGUCAGAUCCAUUUUUUAAAGUGUUAUACAAGGCAAAACAUACGCGGCAAAGCACGCAUUGAAUAUAUCUGAAUAUUUUGCAGUAUAUUGAUUCUAUACUUGUAAUCAACAACUUUAAAUCAAUAUUUUUACAUCGUUCUAUUUAUUUGUAUUUGAUUACGUCAUUCGCAAUGCUUCAUGGGAUUAUCAAGUACAUAAUCUUGAACUUUUGUCAUUGUAUCCGAUCCAAUCGUUUUUGCUUCAAAUCAAAGUUUGUGAUUCUUGUGAUUCACUUCGGAGCUGACUGGUUUACAGCUCUUUUAGGAAAUCCCUAUGAAAAAAAUGAAUUGGAAAAAUACUUCUGGAACCAUGACGGCUGAAAAAGUGGACAGACACUGUUGCACUCUAUUGGUGCAAGUAUGUCAGACCAAUAUAAAUAUCAAGAUAAUAAUGAAACAAUAAACUGUUUACUAUUUUGUUUUCUUUAAAGCAUGUUUUUAGGAUUAUAGGCAUGAAAAAGUUCAGUUACUCAAGAAUGAAAAUAAGCCACCAGCCACUUCAGAUGCCUUAUACGCAUUAGCAAACCAGCUCUCUUUUACAUUGUUUGUUCUAUAUUCUUUCAAGUUCUUGGUGAUGUUUUUAUGAAGCAUUCGGUCUCCCAUAGGAGGAGAUGGUACAGAAUGUACAUUAUAUGGUGAUGAUUGUAGUAAAGGAAAAUAAAGAUGGUUAAACAGUCA